AUGGGUCAAGACUCUGCAGUAGGCGAAGCAUCUUCGCAGUCCACGCGUGGUGACGGGCCUCUAUCAGCAGUGGAACAAGAAGAUAAGCUACACAAUGAAGUUUCGAAAGUGGCGAAGCGAUUGUCGACAUCUUCUGCUUCGGAAAAUGGGCAGCCCCAGGUACUGAACCCGAUGCCUGGCAGUAACCUUGACCCUUCGUCUCCCGCAUUUGACGCUCGCACCUGGGUCAAGGAGUUCAAUAGAUUGCUUGAAUCAGACCCCGAGUCUGCGCCACCUCGGGCCCUCGGCGUCGCGUUCAAACAACUUGGUGUAUUUGCAUAUGGCACAGCCGCAGAGUUUCAGAAAACCACCGGAAAUGUCCUGAUUGAAGCAGCAGUUUAUCUAGCAAGAUGGUUUCGUGGGAACCGACAUGGCAGACGCGUCGAUAUUUUACGCAACUUUGAGGGCGUCGUGGAAAAAGGGGAGAUGCUGCUCGUCCUCGGGCCCCCCGGUUCGGGCUGUUCUACUCUUCUCAAGUCGCUAGCAGGGGAAACAGCGGAUCUGAACAUCGCGCCGGAAUCAUACAUCAACUUCCGAGGGCUGGACCUUGCCAGUGUCCGUUCCUCGUUUCGUGGAGACGUUUUGUACAAUGAUGAGCUCGAUACUCACCUGGCGCAUCUAACUGUGGGGGAGACUCUGACAUUUGCUUCUCGUGCUCGCUCUGUACGACACGUACCGGGGGCCUUCAGCCGCAGGCAGCUGGACACAGCACGCCGCGAUGUCAUGAUGGCCACUUUCGGCUUGAAUCAUACAAUCGAUACUCGCGUUGGAGAUGACUUCGUGCGUGGAGUCAGCGGAGGAGAGCGCAAGCGAGUCAGUAUUGCGGAAGCAUCUCUCGCCGGGGCGAAAUUCCAGUGUUGGGAUAAUUCUACGCGCGGGCUCGACAGCGCUAAUGCCAUUAACUUCUGCAGCAGUUUACGCCUUCAAGCAGACCUUCUUGAUGUAACCUCUGUGGUUACCUUGUACCAAGCACCGCAGGCGGCCUACGAUCUCUUUGAUCGAGUGACCUUAAUCUAUGAGGGAAGGCAAAUAUUCUUUGGUCAUAUAACCGAAGCAAAAGGUUAUUUCGAGAAACUGGGCUUUUUUGCUCCUUCUAGACAAACAAUCCCGGAUUUUCUCACGUCUAUGACGAGUGCGGAGGAGCGACGUGUGAGACCUGGGUUCGAGGAAUCAGCGCCUCGCUCACCGGAUGAGUUCGCAGAACGAUGGCGGCUAAGCGAUGAAAGGAGGAAGCUACUGGAUGAGCUGGCAUCAUACGAGCAGAAACACCCCCCAGAGGUGCGAAUGGCGGAGUACGACCGGUCCAGGCGAGCUGAACAGGCUCAGCAGCAGCGCGCCAAGUCUGCUUAUACCAUAUCAUACCCUCAGCAAGUUUCUCUGACUCUUUGGCGGGCUUACCGAAGACUGCUAGCUGAUCCUGGUUUCACAAUCGCCUCCUUGCUCUUCAACGUCGUGAUGGCGCUUAUAUUGGGUAGCAUGUUCUACAAUCUCAAGCCAGAUACCUCUAGCUUCUAUUACCGUGGAGGGAUUAUCUACUUUUCGCUCCUUUUCAAUGCAUUUGCAAGUCAGCUCGAGGUGAUUCCGUCUAAGCUCAAUUUUUCGGUUCUGACUAUCUAUGCCGAGCGCCCAGUUGUUGAGAAGCAGAAUCGCUAUGCCUUCUAUCACCAGUCUGCUCAGGCGAUUGCGAGCUACCUGAUGGAUCUACCCUACAAGAUCAUCAAUAUGUUUGUUUUCAACAUUCUCAUUUACUUCAUGGCGAAUCUGAGGCGAGAAGCGGGUGCUUUCUUCUUCUUUUGUCUCACCACACUUCUCAGCACUUUAGUUCAAUCAGCCGUCUUUCGCACAUUGGCCUGCAUUACUCGGACUUCCGAGCAGGCUAUGAUCCCAAGCGCCAUUUUAAGUCUUGGGCUCAUGAUAUACACGGGAUUUACAACGCCGCCGGGGUAUAUGCCGGGAUGGUCGCGGUGGAUGGCGUAUAUCAACCCCCUAUGGUACGGUUUUGAGGCUUUGAUGGCGAACGAAUUCCAUGAACGGGACUUCCCAUGUGCUAGCAUGGUGCCUACCGGACAAGGAUACGCUAACCUCCCAUCGGCAUCACAAAUAUGCUCUGUUGUGGGCUCUGAAGUUGGCUCGGCCCUUGUCAAUGGGGAUAGCUACAUCAGCAAGUCGUUUGACUAUUGGAACGUACACAAAUGGAGGUUAGUGAAUUCCAAAAACACGAUUGAUACAGAAGGACAGUGCACUAACGGGUCUCGCUCGAAUAGGAAUAUUGGGAUUCUCUGCGGAUUUCUAGCAAUCUUUUUCCCUACUUAUGUGCUUGCCGCCGAACUUGCCAAGCCACCUAAGACACGCGGUGAAAUACUGGUAUUCGGUCGUGGCAAAGGAUUCCAUAGAAGGGAACAGCCCUUGGAUGCUGAGAGUCAAGAAAAGGAUCGUCCAGUAGUGGCAGAUAAAACGCACGGUUCACUGCAGUCUGACACGAUUAUUGCUGGGAAGGACGUGUUCCACUGGGAGGAUCUCUGCUAUGAUAUCAAAGUCAAGGGUGGGACCCGCCGUCUUCUAGACCAUAUUGAUGGCUGGGUCAAACCGGGGGUAUCUACUAUCCUCAUGGGUGUAUCUGGCGCAGGUAAAACGACACUCCUAGACGUUCUGGCAACCCGUGUCACCACCGGUGUUGUGACUGGCCAAGCAAUGGUGAACGGAAAACCGACAGAUCCGUCUUUCCAGCAUAAGGUUGGCUAUGUUCAACAACAAGAUCUCCAUCUGAGCACCAUGACGGUCCGCGAAGCUCUACAGUUCAGUGCUGUCCUUCGGCAAUCCGCCGAAAUACCCAAAUCUGAAAAACUAGCCUAUGUUGAGCAAGUUAUUGACACACUGGAAAUGCGAGAAUUUGCGGAUGCCGUUAUAGGUGUUCCUGGAGAGGGCCUCAAUGUCGAGCAGCGCAAACGCCUAACAAUUGGUGUAGAACUGGCCGCUAAGCCUCAGCUCUUAGUCUUCUUCGACGAACCUACCUCGGGGUUGGAUUCGCAGACCUCAUGGGUCAUUUCAGAGCUUAUCAAGAAGCUCACCAAUAGUGGUCAGGCAGUUCUCUGCACAAUUCAUCAACCAUCUGCCAUUCUGUUUAACCAAUUUGAUCGGCUGCUUCUGAUUGCACCAGGAGGAAAGACCGUAUACUUCGGCGAUCUAGGCAGCGGUGCCUCAACCUUGAUACAAUAUUUCGAGAAAUAUGGUACCCCUCCCUGUCCAGCAGGAGCCAACCCCGCAGAGUGGAUGCUACGGGUGAUCGAGCCGCCUGCUGAUGGCUCAAAAGGACUGAAUUGGCAUCAAAUAUGGUUGGACUCUCCCGAGUAUCAGGCAGUUAAAGCUGAGCUUGGUCACCUUCGAAAUCUUCGUACACUAGGAUCUACACGCGGAGAGGGUCUUGAGGUUGAAAACAGCUCUCAGCACCAGGAGUUCGUGGCUUCCUUCUGGACACAGUUCAGCCAAGUCUUGCAACGUACCUGGAAGCAUUUUUGGCGAUCACCGACUUACAUCUGGUCUAAAAUUAUACUGGUCGUCCUUUCUUCUCUUUACUUAGGGUUCAGUUUCAAUGUCAACAAUUCGAUACAAGGGCUUCAGAAUCAACUAUGGGCCAUCUUUAUGUUGCUCAUUUUGUUCAUCAACAUUACUGAGCAAAUAAUGCCCAUGUUUCUGCCCCAACGAGCGCUAUACGAGGCGCGUGAGCGGCCUUCGAAGAUUUAUCGAUGGACAACAUACCUACUCUCCAAUAUCCUCAUUGAGCUCGUCUGGCAGACUCUCAUGGCAGUCUUACUGUACUUCUGCUGGUAUUACCCUGUGGGCUUCGUCCAGAACACCACCUCCGAUGACCAAGCUAUCCGUGGUUUCGCCGUAUUUCUAUUCCUAUGGGUUUAUCUACUAUUUACCAGCACGAUGGCGCACUUCGCCAUCUUCUGGAUAAACCUUCCGGAAACCGCUGGCGUGCUUACCAGUCUUUUAUGGAUGCUAGUGGGAGUAUCCAUGGCCGAUCUACCCAAAUUUUGGACCUUCAUGUAUCGUGUGUCCCCCGCAACAUAUCUGGUUGGGGGCAUAAUGUCCAACGCAGUCGCCAACUCGGACGUAAUAUGUGCCGAUCGUGAGAUCCUCCGAAUGGCUCCAAUCGGAAACCUUACCUGCAAUGAGUUCCUCACUCCGUAUAUCAAUGUCGCUGGCGGCCUUGUGCUCAACCCGACAUCGCAGAGCACCUGCGAAUACUGUCCACUUGCUACGACAAAUGAGUUUCUUGAUCGGUUUCAGAUCUCCUACAGCACAAGGUGGCGCGACCUUGGGCUUGUAUGGGUUUACAUUCUUGUCAAUAUCGUGGCGGGAAUGGGACUGUACUGGGCGUUCAAGGUCCCAAAACGAAGGGGUAGCAAGCAUGCUUGA